CACUGCAAGCAAAUAGCCACGCUCAUUCCAGUGUCUACUGAGUGCGGAGAAGGGUUUACCCGGUAUUAUUGUAUCUUCUAUUAAUCGAGCAAAAGCUCAUAGUAAUCUUUGUGGUAAAAGAACAAGUAGAAAAUUCAGUUUUUCUUUCGAUGAUUAAGAUUUGAUAUAGACACUUGUAGUUACUUAGUAUAUUCUAUAUUUUGUCUCCUUCUUCUUUAUUAAAAUGAAUUGGAAUUGAUUGAAAAAAAUCUCGACGUAAGUGUGUAAAAUCAAAAGGAUCAGGCAACAACUUGAAAGAAGAAUUUGCCUUACUUUCCAUACGGAAUUGUAAAAACACGUGUUACGUUAUACAUUAUUUGUCAUACGUUCAUCUUUUUACCAAACAAUCUAUGAGCCGUCCAUAGAAAAACUUGAGCAACAUCUCUUAUAUUUAUUAACGAUAUCAGGAUAAAAGACGUAACCCUAGACGAAUUUCAAUGUGUCUCUCUUUAGUGGAUAUUUCUCGCGGAGGAACAUAUAGGUUUACAGAGACUUUUGACAAUCAUGGAUGUUGAUUGUCCGAUAGUCGGUUUAAAACGAUCAAGCAGUGCGCCUAUGAUUAAUGAGAUCAGUGCCACAAUGUCUGUUACCUCACCCUCUACUUCUGCACCAAGAAAUGCUGUAUCAACAUUUAAUGUAUUUGCCAAUUCACCUCGUAUGAGACGAUUCAGCGCCAGUAGUCCAUGUAGUAUACCACGCUUAACGCCAAGAGUUAGCCAAUUAAGACAAGAAGAAUGUAUAGACGUUGCUGGUCGCGAAGCCGCACACGAAAAAGAAAUUCACAGUGCGAUGCAAAUAUCUCAGUCAUGGGAAGAUCUUACCCUAGAAGCAGAAGGCUUAUCAUUUAAGGAUUCAGAAUCUCCUUCCCAUCUUAAUAGAACCGAGCGACAAAUAACAAAAAAGAUAUUAGAUCCUCUCGGUUUAAAUUUAUCUGUAAAUAGUCCACUAUUGUGUUCAUCUCCAUCGCCUACAAGAUCAGGAUUAAAUCAACGACAAUGUUAUUCUCCUGGUAUUCACAUGGCUACUUGGAAAAAUAAUUUAUCACCUAGUCCAACAAGAAAAGCAUUUGCUACAAGGCGUAGCCUAAGUCCGAUAAGGCCAAGUUGUUUAGGACCUGUUAAACGAAAAUUUGAAUUAGAAGAUACUGGUGUAGAUCAUCAUUCGUAUCCUCCUGCUAAACGUACAUCGGCUUCUUUAGCACAAAAUUCAUUUAGGUUAGAUACAAUAUCCAGUCCAUUAUCUGGAACCAUUAGUUCCGUUGGAACUCCUGAAUCGUUAUCUAGUGCAGAUUCACCAAGUUUUUCUUUUCAACCGAUGGAUAGUCCUUCGCCAGUUUGUGUUGGUUCUAAUAGCGAUGAUAUAUUGAAUGAAAUAAACAUGCAAGCCGAAACUAUAGACCAAAUUGAGACAGAUAAAAUUAGUCAAGGUAACGAGAGAUGAAUAUAAACAGCUAAAAACUGACAGCUCACAAUGUGUCAUAUUAUCUCUUAUUCUAUGAUGUAAUAUCGACUUAAAAUAGUUGUAUUAAUAAUACUUGCAUUAUCAUAAUCAAAGGGAAUUUCGUGCUGAUUCUCAUAUAUUAAAAUUCUAGCAGCUACAGAUAAGAGUACCUGCUUUAACUAUUUUUCUGUAAAUAUGAAGUAACUAAAAUUAUUCUAAACACACGAUUAAAGUAAUGAAAAAGAACAUAA